GGGAGCAGCAGAUAUGGCAGACGUGGAGCUGACGGUGGAUCUAACUGAGGACAUCAAACAGGAGGAUUCAGACGGUUCUCCGGCCGCAGAGGGAGAAGCGGAGCAAAAAAAGAACGUCAAUGGCGAUGAAACCAGGGAUGCAGAAGAAGCCCCUAAAGAGAAGCCAGAGCCCAAAGAGAAGAGUUCCGGGGGCCGAAAGUCAAACCGAUACCACCCCUAUAAAGACAGACAUGGCGGUUCAGGGGACAAGAAGAGUGGCCACAGAAACCGAGUGUUUAUUAGCAAUAUCCCGUAUGAUAUGAAGUGGCAAGCAAUUAAAGAUCUAAUGCGCGAGAAAGUUGGUGAGGUUACAUACGUGGAGCUCUUUAAGGAUGGAGAAGGAAAGUCAAGGGUAAGUGUUGGUGAAUCUGCGCUGUGUGAGGUUGAAAUCCCCUCCGCAGCAUCACUCUCAUGUGCUCAGGGCGAUACAUGUGACCUGGGUUUCUGCCGGUAGACCCGAUAUUGUUGACCUUUGACCUUGGGGAUAGUGUGUUGAUGUUUACCUCAGUAAAGACCAUUAUUUGGAUGUACUUUAAAUUGGUUGACACAUUUGGCUGGAGUCAAUUUCUCACAUUUGAUUUGACACAUUUGAUGAUUGCGCAGGUGUAUUUUGAUUUGGAAUUAAGAUUAUGCAAACUGACUUAUGAGACGCCAUCUGUCAGCUGUCCUUCCUAAACCCCCUUCAUGCUUCUGUCUGUUUGAUUGGUUCUUUCCUGUAACAACUGUAAGAUUCCGUUUUAAUCCGUUUUAUUUGCCCCUGGAUUAUUUUUUUUUUUACAUUUGUCCAUCUCACCAUAGAAACGUCCAAAUGAAAUUAAGCGAAAGCUGGUUUCUAAUUUAAAACCAAAUAUUUAUUCAGAAGCAUGUGUUUUAAUUGAUCUUUUUAAAGCACUAAUGAUAUGAAUCACAUUCACAUAUUUCUCUCAUUCUGAAAAUGUUUCAACUGCUUAAAUGAUUGUGUGGUGUUCUGAUUUUUUUGUUCUAUCUUGUCAUCCUCUGCAACUCUCUGGGCUGUGCUCCUGCAGGGCUGUGGGUAAGAACCAUUAUUAACUAUAACAAUAUCAUUAAAAAAAUUUCAAUUUUGAUUUCACAGCAAAAACUAAUAUGAUGUUGAACACACUCCUAUUGAAAAAGUAUUUAACCAAAAAAUUACUUGUUUACAGCGUAUCUUCUCGCUGGCCAAGUCAAUGAGAAACAGAACAGAGAGCACCAUCUUUCUGCUCUUCCUGUAUAUUACUUUAAUUCUUGUAAUCUACACAUGUUUAUGUAGUGGGCCCGACAGAAUUUGAGGGAUUUUUAAGUUGUUUCUUUAUGAACAAUACUGCAGUAAGACUAGUAUUAUUACCUUUUAUCUUUAAGUAUCCACUUGAUACAAAAUAACGGUACAUUUGACAUCCCUACUUCACACAAAUCAGUAAACGUUCCAUUGUUGCACGUAUGCUGACGGCUUUGCUUCUGUUGCAGUGUGGUUGAAUUCAAAGAUGAAGAGUUUGUAAAGAAAGCCAUUGAUGUCAUGAGCAAACAUGAUUUAAAUGGAAGACCACUGAACAUCAAGGAGUGUGCUCGAUGCUCAUGACGGUGUUUUCCCUGUAUGAGCCUUGGAGGAGCUUUAAAAGGAUCCUGACGGCGAGCACGCACGUCGUGUUCUGCAGAAAGCAGGGAGGAUGUAUGGUGGGGGGAGAGGGCAGGAUGCUGGCCCAGGGGGUAUGAAUGUACCCCCCUCCAUCAGCAACAACCCCAAUAUCCCCCCUGACAUCAUCAACGCACUGCAGGCUGGCCAUCUGGGGACCACUGUAUUUGUGGCCAACCUAGACUUUAAGGUGGGAUGGAAGAAACUGAAGGAGGUGUUUAGUAUGGCAGGAAUGGUGAGGAGAGCAGACGUGAAGGAGGACAAAGACGGGAAGAGUCGAGGGAUGGGGACAGUUACCUUUGAACAACCUCUGGAGGCUGUUCAAGCCAUCUCUAUGUUCAAUGGUCAGAUGUUGUUUGACAGACAGAUGCAUGUGAAAAUGGAUGAGAAAUCGCUUCCUGCAGAUGACUUCAGACCAGCAGAAAAACAACCCCAGUUACCCAGAGGUCUGGGGGGAAUCGGCAUGGGUUUGGGCCCCGGUGGGCAGCCGAUAAAUGCCAACAAUCUCAGUGGAGGAGGAAUGGGCUCAGUGGGACCUGGAGGAAUGGACGGACCAGGAUUCAGCAGCAUGAAUCGCAUGAGUGGAAUGGGUGGAGGCUUCUCUGGGAUGGAUGGAAUGGGAGGUUUUGGUGGCAGAGACAUGGGACCCAUGAGCCGAAUGGGAGAUAUAUAUCGGUCGGGAAUGGCAGGGAUGGACCGGGACUUUGGCAGGAGUGAUCUGGGAAUAAACCGUCCAUUUGGAGACUCAUUUGGUGGUCUCGGUGGAGGGUUUGGAGGAAUGGGGAAUGUAGGAAUGGGACCCAUGGCCUCUGGAUUAGGUGGAGGAAUGUGUAACAUUGGCAUGAACACUGGGUUUGACCGGAUGGGUGGGAAUAUGGACAUGGGCCGUGGCUUCGGCCAGUAUGGAGGCAGUUCUGGUCACAUGGGUGGAUUGAGUGACAGGGGAAUGGGGUCUAAGGGAGGAUGCCAGAUCUUUGUGAGAAAUCUCUCAUAUGAUCUCACCUGGCAGAAGUUAAAGGAGAAGUUCAGUCACUGUGGUCAGGUGAUGUAUGCUGAAAUAAAGAUGGAAAAUGGGAAGUCCAAAGGAUGUGGAACGGUCCGUUUUGAUUCUCCAGAGAGUGCAGAGAAAGCCUGCAGAAUGAUGAAUGGAACCAAAAUCAACGGACGAGAGGUUGAUGUUCGUAUUGACCGCAAUGCAUAAAACAGACAUCAGCACCACCCACAUAGCCCAGCUUUUUUGUUUUGUUUUAAAAACAUCAUAAAUUUAAUCACUGAACAAUUUCACCAGUCACUUGAAAUCAGUGUUUUUUUUGUUUUGUUUUUUUUGUAAACCCUUUUUAAGUUGUCUGGCACCAGUCUCUAUUUGAAUUAAUACAUUUUAAAAAUUAAAGGUGGCUGUUGUAAAUUACAUUUUUGGAUCUGAGUGGUCUGCUGGAUAUAGGGUUAUUUCUAACGAAAAAUGCCUGGGUCAUAUUUCUAAACCAUUAGAAAUGUAAAAUGUCUGAAUGUUUGGUUUUUGCAAUACAGUAAUUAGAAUUUG